GUCCCGAGGCGAGUAAACACUUCCGCUUUGUCGCGAUGGACUCAAACAAGGACGAAGCGGAGCGGUGCAUCAAAAUAGCCCUAAAUUCGAUCGGCGGCAACCAGCCAGACAAAGCCAGGAAGUUUCUAGAGAAGGCCCAGCGCCUGUUUCCGACAGAUCGAGCCCAAAACUUGCUGGAGUCGUUAAAGCAGAACGGAAAGCAUCCGGAGGAGAAUGGCGGCCCUGUGAACGGAGACGGACCCGCGAUGAGGCACCGCAGCCACGGCGAGGAGGCUGAUGUGUCCGCGAAGGGGGACUCGGCCAAGCCCUACACCGCAGAGCAGCUGGACGCCGUCAGGAAGAUUAAGAGCUGUAAAGAUUAUUACCAAAUUCUGGGGGUUGAAAAGACGGCCCCUGAAGAGGAUCUUAAAAAGGCUUACAGAAAACUGGCUCUGAAAUUUCACCCAGAUAAAAAUCAUGCACCCGGAGCCACAGAGGCAUUUAAAGCAAUCGGUAAUGCCUACGCCGUUCUGAGCAACGUCGAGAAACGAAGGCAGUAUGACCAGUAUGGAGAGGAGCGAUCACACCCAAGCAGACAAAGACACCAUCGGGACUUCGAAGCAGAUAUUUCACCCGAAGACCUCUUCAACAUGUUCUUCGGUGGAGGCUUCCCGUCAAGCAACGUACAUGUUUACAGAAAUGGAAGAAUGCACUUUGCACAUCAUAAUAGGCCAGAAAGACGAGAACAACAGAGAGAGGGAGGUCUGGCUCUCUUUGUCCAGCUGAUGCCCAUCUUAAUCCUCAUCAUUGUGUCUGCACUCAGCCAGAUGAUGGUCACCCAGCCUCCCUACAGCCUUAGCUACCGCCCGUCAGCUGGACAUAUUCACAAAAGGCAUACAUCCAACCUGAAGGUGCCUUUCUACGUGGGAGACCGUUUCAAUGACGAACAUUCGGGCAAUAAUCUAAAGACUGUUGAGAGAAGUGUAGAAGAAGACUACAUCUCCAAUCUCAGAAACAACUGUUGGAAGGAGAAGCAGCAGAAGGAGGGCUUGCUGUAUCGUGCUCGUUACUUUGGGGAUUCGGAGUUGUACCAACGGGCGCAGAGGAUGGGCACGCCCAGCUGCUCCCGACUAUCUGAGAUUCAGGUCUUAUUGGACGGCUAGAACCACUUGGACAUAACAUGGGUUCCCUGGUACUUGAAAUCGAAUUAGAAGAAAUCUGUCGGAGCCCACUCAAAUUGGAGCACAUUUUUCUGCGGCAAAACCAAGAGAAUCAAAAAUGCCUUACGCGCAGUGGGCGGCGGACCUCGUCAGGGAACCUCUCUGCCACUCGGUGUAGAUUGACUUCCUGUAGAACUGUGAGAAGCUUUGAGUUGACUGCUGACAUUUUGUUAAACUCGUGUCUUUGGGGGUUGGUGCAAGUCCACGGGGGCGUCAGUGGAACGUAAGAGCAUAUUAGAACGGUAACAAAGCUGCUAAGAUUAGCUUUCUCUGUCCCAAUCUUUUUUUUUGUUUUGUUUUCCUUCAACAAUUUGAGAAACCUCAUGGCCUUCUCAUAGAUGGAUGUCUGAGCCACUCGCAAGGAAAGUGUGUAAUUUUUAUAGUUCUUACCUAUGUAAAUAUUCAUUUUACUUUUAACAGUGCAGGGUUCAUUGAAGUUAAUAUCAUAUACUACAAUAUUAUGUGGAUUCGCUUGUAGUCUGUCGAAAGUAUUGAAAAUCAUUGCACAAAUAAAAAGUAAACCAUAUUUAUUAAAUUAACAUGCUAAAAUUGUACAAAAGUUUCUUUAAAUUAAAUUUGUCCAAUGAUUGAA